AUGAUUCAAAUCAAAAUAUAUUCCCAGAAAAGUUCUUCAAAUACUAAUGAACAUUUGCUACUAAUACACUCAGUGAUGAUGGAUACAACAAGCAAAGAAAGCUCUCCUUCGAAGCCGACCAAUAAUUUGCCUUUGCCUUCCUUUGAAGUAUUGUAUCAAACAUCACAAAGAGCAGAUUCGUCCCUAACGCGUCACCAUUCACAAGAUUCCAAUUUAUCGUUACAAUCAAAAAACCAUAGCCCCCAGGUAUCAAUUUCCAAUCCACCAUAUAUCUAUAAUUCGCCUCAAGGAUAUUCACAUACAAGAAUCCACCACAGUAGAGAUGAAAGUUAUCCUUAUCCUUUUGAUUACAAAUAUCCCGCUGCUCAAGGAGUGGCAUUAACAAGAGAAACACCACCAUCUUCUACACCAGUGUACAAAAGACCAAGCACUCAGCUCACUUUUGGAAGACCUAAUGUUGAAAAACCAGCUGAUGUUUAUAACACAUUACGUAGAACUUUUGAAUGUAUAACUGAUCUUGAAAACUUUGGUAAAACAUAUAGUGGCUUGUAUAAUACCAUGAAUGAAUCGAUCGCAAAGGAUGUUACAUUACAAGGUAGUUUUGCUGCUAAGCAGGAAUUUGAUAAAAUUUUUAGAUCGUUUUCAGUUGGGGAAGUAGAUACUGCACUUAGCAAGUGUGAUCUGCUAAAAAGUCUGUUACAGGAAAUGAAAGAUCAUAUGCUUGAGUCAAUUGGAUCACGUCCAAUUUUAGGUGGUGUUGUUGAAGGUUCUUCUAGUAUGAGGGAAUCAGUCUCGGCGAGUCCAGCGAGUCCCACAAAGAAGAGAAAGAAGGCAAUCCAUGAAAGGAGUAUUAGUGUUGGUGGUGAACUUAUGGAUAUGAGAAUUACUGCUCCUGCUCUAAUCGUCGAAGGUCAUCAAGAAAAAAUCGAUCAAGGUGGAUUAAAUCCUGAUUUGAGUAUUAGAGAAAGAAUCAUUACUUGUAACCAUUGUGGUGCUGAUAAUACCCCAGAGUGGAGAAGUGGUCCUGACGGAAGCAGAACAUUAUGUAAUGCGUGUGGUUUAUUCUAUUCAAAGCUAAUAAGAAAAAAUGGACCAGAGAAUGCAAAGGUAAUCAUGCAACAAAGGAAAGCGGACCCUACUGAUAGAAGAAUCCUUCCUUAA